GUUUAGCAUCCGUAUCAUUUCGGAAUGAAAAAGGUAAAGGUGACAACGACAUAACGACUGCAGUGAGCCGAAAGCUGUGAUGUAGAUAAAUAUUUGGAUGCACUAGUUACCUUAAUUUUUUUAUUAUAUAUAAAAUUCAACAAUCAGUUGCGACUGGUGCACCAAUCAAUCCACUUCCGAAAAUGGACAGUUGUCGCCUGUGUUUAAAGGAUUUUUUGCUUUUGCGAAAAGAUUUUAACGUGCAAACGAUGCAAGUAAAACUGCAAUUGGUGUUUUCAUUCCAGAUAGUAUCGCACUCGCACCUACCGGAGGUAGUUUGUCCCGAUUGUGAGGAAAGAGUGACCCAGUUCUAUGAAUAUGCUGAGUUUGUGCACAAAAAUCAAUUGCAGUUGUACGGGAAAAUCAAAGAUGAUUCCGGUCAAACUGACUUGCCAAUCAGUGUUGAAAAGUCAGAUCAUAAGUUGUUUCCAAUUAUGCCAGAGGUGGAAAUCAAAGUUGAGCCACAGGAGGAAUUGCUUGAUGAUCCGAUCGAAACGGCAAAACAAAAGAAAACCAUACCUAAAAGAACUUUGUCCAAACUUCAUACCGCUAAGUUUGAGAAGAACUUGAUCAGUCGUUAUUUGAACAUGGUUUGCGAUAUAUGUAAGGAAGAUCAAUUUACCUUCCCGAAACUGGAAUUACAUUUCAAAAAGUGUCACAGCAAACGUUGUUACAUUGUGUGCUGUGGCCAGAAGUUGACCAACGAGCAGAUGAUAUCUCAGCAUUUGGAUAAGCAUAUGACAGUACCACAAGAACAAAAAUCACAAUCGUCAUGGGAACGACGAAUUGCAACUGCUUUCGGAUCAAUAUUGGUUGAUUUCAAGCAUGCUCUGGAUGAUUAUGAACCUCUGCCGAACAUGGACUUAGCUCUGAAUGGCGACGCCAACGAACAGCAAAAGAUGUACAACGUUCAGGAUUACUUGGUGACGACCUACUUUCGCUUGAAUUGUGAACUGUGUGCGGAGAAGAUUGACAAUCAGGACGAGCGUCGGAUUCACUUUAGACGGAGUCAUCCGAAGGAGAAAUAUUUUGUGUCCUGCUGCAAUCAACGCUAUUCAACUCGAAUAAGCAUCAUGCGUCAUCUGAAUCGUCACUGGAAACAGGUAGCAAACGGAAAUUAUCCACCAAAAUCGACGGCAAGCAAUAAUGUUGAGUGCCCGAAUAUAUCCGUGGUAUCGCCAAUCCCGCAAACACCGAGUUUGGCAUGGCAGCGACAGAUGCAAUCAACCUAUGGACCACUGAUGAAUGAAUUUCGUAAUGAUCUUAUCGAGGGUGGUUUCACGCCUCCAUCGAAAGUACCAGAGCAGGCCAGAUCCGUGGAGGAAUCAAGGUUAUUGCAUCAAAUGCAAGAUUUUUUGAUUGCAAAGCACUGUCCACUGAACUGUGAAUUGUGCGGGGAGGAAAUAACAACAUAUUCGGGAAGACGAGACCACUUUCGAAUUGGUCAUCCCAAAGAGAAACUUUUCGUACAAUGCUGUGGAAAGAAAAGCUUCAAUCGGUAUAAGGUAAUUAUGCAUCUGUUGCGCCACCGAAAAGGACUUCCUACUACGGGGGCGUACGACAUACGAAACAUUCCGGUGUCCAUGUAUGAAAAACACGAGCAGGAUGACACCGCCAUAGAGGCUUAUUACAAGAUGGAUUGUGAGCUGUGCGACUACACCGGAGAUUCGUAUCUUGGAUUGCGUGAUCACUUUCAGAAAAAUCACAAAGAGGAGGGGUUUUUCAUUAAAUGCUGCAAUAGACGGCUGAAAACUAAGUUCAACAUACUGGAACAUAUGGCUAGCCAUCAGAAACCGGGCUCGGUUAAGUGUGAACACUGCGAGGCUGCCUUUUCCAGUUUGAGAAUGCUGAAAGUUCACGUUAGCCGGCUGCACGUCCGUGAAGAGGACAAAAAAUUUCGCUGCGAACAUUGCGUGGCUUCCUUUGCGACCAGAAAUCUGCUUGUGCUCCAUUCUUACAAGCACGAGCUGAUGACUUGCGACAUCUGUGGACUCGAAAUGAAGCGUUGUUCGUUGCGCGUACAUAAAGUCAAUUUCCACAAGAUGGGAGAAGAAAUCGUUUGUCAUGUGUGUGCUCAGGUGUUCCACUCGAAGCACAUUUUCAACAAGCAUUACAAAACGGCCCAUUUGGGAAUUCGAAAAAAGUAUAAGAAAAAAUCUCGGGCUAAGAAAAAGCCCGUGAUUGCCGAACAAAUGGAGUCACCGGAUUCAGGCAGUCUUUCGAAAGCGGUACUCGAAGAGCUAAAACUAGAACCCAUGUGAAGGAAGGGCUAGGGUGUUGAAGUAGUUACGCUCCGAUGAAUCAUUCCAAAUAAACAGGGAAAAUGAGAUAACAUCGGUUCUGUUGUCGCCUAAGAACUUCAUUUGAUACUGAAGAGGACACAAGAGGAAAUGAUGCUUUAUAGAACAUCGUUGUCACAGUUUUAUCGAAUUACCCUCACUCAGUCAAAAAAGAUCCUUUCGAAACGUAUUUCACUUGAACAAUUGUUUUGAUAUUAAUUAUGGUAAUCACUUUUGUCAAUGUAUUCCCGUUGAGUAGUUUGGUUAACAUAUAGGAAUAAAUCUUUU